CAUGAUAAAUAAGCACAUAGUACAAAGGUAGAAAUAAUCUUAAUCAAAUGUUACACAUUUGUAAUCAGUUUUUGUCAAACUGAGAUACUAUUUAAGCCGCGUCAUUUAGUGUUACGGCAGACGGUGGUUUUAGCGUCUCAACGGAAGACAGAGCGUCAUGAUGAAGACAACUGUUACCAUCUUACUCCUGUUGGCGGUGUUUGUCGCCGUUCAAGGACAUAAGAAGAGAGGUCAUUGGGGUGGUGGUUGGGGACGUUACCGGAGGGGUGGUUGGGGAGGCGGUUGGGGAGGUUAUGCUGGUGGUGGUGGCGGCGGUGCAGGGAUUGGUGGAUACGACGGUGGAUUCGGUGGAUACGACGGUGGAUUCGGUGGAUACAUGGCCGGUGGGUUAGGCGGUGACGGUUACGGUUAUGGCGAUGAUGGCUACGGUGAUGACGGUGGAUUUGGGUAUCGUUCGUACGGUAUCUCUCCAUAUUCUGCAGCCGGUGCUUAUUUGGGAGGCGGUGCCGGCGCUUAUAUGGGAGGCGGUGCCGGCGCUUAUUUGGGAGGCGGUGCCGGCGCUUAUUUGGGAGGCGGUGCCGGCGCUUAUUUGGGAGGCGGUGCCGGCGCUUAUUUGGGAGGCGGGGCCGGCGCUUAUUUGGGAGGCGGGGCCGGCGCGUAUUUCGGAGGCGGUGCCGGUGGCAUGUUUUACAGCGGCCGCCGACGUCACUGGCAAUACGACAGAUGUAAGUGUCAGAAAAGAUGCCCAAAAUACAAAAUAUACGUCGGCACAUGUAACCUUUGUAAACGAUGCAAGAUGGUUAUGUGUUGUAGAUAUGUGAGCAGAAAAUGGGGCCGCGGAUAAAUUCACGGCUCAUACAUGGUUCACUACAACAACGACUUCCAUUUGAAAUACGGACUCUGAUUAUGAAAUAUAUUGUAUCUAGUUAGUCAUCGUUCAAUAAAAAUCAUAAUUUGCAAGCAA